AUGAUCUUCAAGCCGGCAGAAUGGCUGGGAGACUUCCCCUUCGAGCCCCCUUCGCAAACCCUUGUUGGAGAUUUCGUAUUUGGCCAGGACUGGCCUGGACAGGGAAAGGCUUCACCAGGACAGCUGGUGUGCGCGGCAACGGGCUCUACAGUGACCAUAAAAGAGAUUCACACGCGGGUUGAAGCUCUUGCCCGCAGCCUCUGCCAUGAACUCGGCUGGCAGCCAAAACAAGGUUCGCCGUGGGACAAGGUGGUUGGAGUGUUCAGUCUGAAUGCGAUUGAUUUUCUCACUCUGUGUUGGGCAAUCCAUCGUGUUGGGGGCAUCUGUCUGCUGCUUCACCCCACUAGUUCGGCCACAGAGGUUGAGACUCAUCUCAAAGCAAGCAAGCCUUCCGCUAUAUUCACGAACCAUGCAUUGCUCAAAACCUGCCUCGAAGCCACCAAGUCCUCGGGGCUCGUACCGGGAGAAAAGGUGUAUAUUCUGGAUUUUCCAGGUGACGCGCCCAGAAAUGAAAGCCUCUGCGGAGAAUUGCCUCUGCACUCUGUGGAGAAGAUGAUCUCUGAGGGCCAAUCCAUGAGUUCCAUCGAUCCAGUCACUUGGGAUGCUGAUGAAGAGCGCGUGGCUUUCCUUUGCCCGACCAGUGGCACGUCUGGCAUGCAGAAACUGGCCAUUGUUACGCAUCGUGGAGUCAUCGCCAAUCUGAUGCAAGCUCGCAUUCACGAGGCUGCCUCUGGGCGAUCUGACCAGAAGGAUAUCGCUCUUGGUAUUCUCCCGCUCACCCACAGCUAUGGACUCAUCACUCAACAGGCCAUGUUGUGGCGUGGAGACACACUGGUCUUGCAUCCGCGGUUUGAGAUGCAGUCCACGCUGAAGUCGAUCAUGCAAUUCAAGAUCAACCGGCUGUAUAUUAUUCCACCAAUCCUUGCUGCUUUGGCCAACAACCCCUUCCUCCUCGACAUGGUCGACCUGUCGUCUGUUGAUUCCAUCGUCACAGGCGCGGGUGGCCUCACGAAGGAGCUUAGCGAGAAGAUCGGGAAGCUCCGUCCUAAUUGGAAGAUGCUGCCAGCCUACGGCUUGACUGAGACUGCCGUCAUGGCUUCCUUCACGAGCACCCGCUCCAUCUUCGUUGGUUCGUCGGGAAUCCUCUUCCCGCGAUACCGAGCGCGUCUUAUUGAUGCCGAGGGCAGAGAGGUGGAAGGAUAUGGUGAGCCGGGAGAGCUGCUCCUCGAAUCGCCCACCAUCUUCAAAGGCUACGUAGGCGAUGAGGAGGCCACCAAGGCGGCUUUUGAAUCUCCUGGCUGGCUCAAGACCGGUGACGUUGCGAUGUUCCGCACUGCACCUGAUGGAACGGAACACCUGUUUAUUGUGGAUAGGCUCAAGGACAUGGUCAAAGUCAAGGGAUUGCAAGUGGCAUCAUCGGAUAUCGAGACUUGUCUUCGGCUGCAUCCAGACGUUGCAGAUGCGGCCGUCAUAGGCGUGCCACACGACAGAGAUGGCGAACGAGCCAAGGCGUUCAUUAUUCGAUCGCCGGCGACGGUUGACAAGGAAGAAGAGGCACUCAAGAAAGAUAUUGCUAAGCAUGUUCAGGAUAACCUGACUGAGCCGCAUUGGCUUCAUCGUCGUGUCGAGUUCGUGACCGACUUCCCUAGGAAUCAAGCAGGGAAAGUCCUCAAGUACAAGUUGAAGGGGUUGUAA